AUUUUCUUCCUGGAUGUCUCUUCAACUGUCUUGUGAUGGAAGGGAAAUAUUUUUGAAGUUAUAAUGGAUUUUACGCAAUGUCAUAACGAAAACUGGCCUAAUAGCAGCAUUUCUGUUUGAAGAGAAUAAUCAUAAUUACAAAUAAUCAUGACAACUUCUCAUAUGAAUGGACAUAUCACAGAAGAUUCUGACAGUGAAGCAAAAAAUGUGGAUCUUGCAUCUCCUGAGGAACCUCAGAAGCACAGAGAAAUGGCUGUUGAUUGCCCUGGGGAUUUGGGCUCCAGGAUGAUGCCCAUGCGUCGGAGCGCUCAACUUGAGCGAAUCCGUCAGCAGCAGGAAGACAUAAGGCGGAGACGGGAAGAAGAAGGAAAGAAACAAGAACUGGACCUUACUGCUUCCAUGAGGCUAAAGAAACUAGCACAAAUUCCUCCUAAAACUGGAAUAGAUAAUCCAAUAUUUGACACAGAAGAAGGAAUUGUUUUGGAGAGUCCUCAUUAUGCUGUGAAGACACUAGAAGUGGAAGAACUCUUAACUUCUCUUAAGCAUAUCCAGCACAUUUUGGUAGACCCUCAGAGCCAAGAGGAUAUCUCUCUCAUUUUACAGCUUGUUCAAAAUACUGAUUUUCAGAAUGCAUUUAAGAUACACAAUGCUGUUACAGUGCACAUGAACAAAGCUAGCCCGCCAUAUCCUCUCAUCUCCAAUGCACAAGAACUAGCACAAGAGGUACAGAGUGUUUUGAAACCCAGUCACCAUAAGGAUGGGCAGGAGCUUAAUGCUUUGCUGAAUGCGCCUCACAUGCAGGCACUUUUACUGGCUCAUGAUAAGGUUGCGGAACAAGAAAUGCAACCAGAGCCUGUGACAGAUGAAAAGAUUUAUGAGAAUGUUGGUGUGUAUGGAGGGGAGACAGUUAAAAUAGUGCGCAUUGAGAAAGCUCGGGAUAUUCCAUUGGGUGCUACUGUUCGCAAUGAAAUGGAUUCUGUUAUCAUUAGUCGAAUAGUGAAAGGAGGAGCUGCAGAGAAGAGUGGGCUGUUACAUGAAGGGGAUGAAGUUCUGGAGAUUAAUGGCAUCGAGAUUCGUGGAAAAGAUGUUAAUGAAGUUUUUGACUUGUUGGCUGACAUGCAUGGUACUCUGACCUUUGUAUUGAUUCCCAGUCAGCAGAGCAAGCCACCUCCUGCGAAAGAGACAGUUAUACACGUGAAAGCGCAUUUUGACUACGAUCCCUCUGAUGACCCUUAUGUCCCCUGCCGAGAGUUAGGCCUAUCUUUUCAGAAAGGAGACAUACUCCAUGUGAUCAGCCAGGAAGAUCCAAACUGGUGGCAGGCUUACAGAGAUGGAGAUGAAGAUAACCAGCCAUUGGCAGGCCUUAUCCCUGGAAAAAGUUUUCAGCAACAGAGAGAAGCAAUGAAGCAAACCAUAGAAGAAGACAAGGAGCCAGAAAAAUCAGGAAAACUCUGGUGUGCGAAGAAAAACAAAAAGAAACGGAAAAAGGUUUUAUACAAUGCAAAUAAAAAUGAUGAUUAUGACAAUGAGGAAAUUUUGACCUACGAGGAAAUGUCACUGUAUCAUCAACCAGCAAACAGGAAACGGCCUAUUGUUCUGAUCGGCCCACAGAACUGUGGCCAAAAUGAAUUGCGGCAGAGACUUAUGAAUAACGAAGUGGAUCGCUUUGCCUCUGCAGUUCCCCAUACUACUCGGAGCAGGCGAGAGACUGAAGUAGCUGGCAGGGAUUACCAUUUCAUUUCCCGACAGGCCUUUGAGAGUGACAUAGCUGCAGGGAAGUUCAUUGAAUAUGGAGAGUUUGAAAAGAACCUCUAUGGUACUAGCAUAGACUCCGUGCGGCAAGUAAUCAACUCUGGCAAGAUAUGCCUUUUAAAUCUUCAUACCCAGUCACUGAAGACACUACGUAAUUCUGACUUGAAGCCAUAUAUUAUAUUUGUUGCACCACCUUCACAAGAGAGAUUACGUGCUUUAUUGGCCAAAGAAGGGAAAAACCCAAAGCCAGAAGAGCUGAGAGAAAUCAUAGAAAAAACAAGGGAGAUGGAACAGAACAAUGGCCACUACUUUGAUACAGCAAUUGUGAAUUCUGAUCUUGAUAAGGCGUAUCAAGAGUUACUUCGGUUAAUAAACAAACUUGACACAGAACCCCAGUGGGUGCCCUCUACCUGGCUACGAUGAGAGAGCAAUUCCAAGGGACAAACGGACUUCAAUCUAGUAAUCUUUCCAAGGAGAUCGUGUGUAGGUCUGCCCAAUUCUAGUAUAAAUAUGUGUGAGCUCUAGACUUCAGUGGCUGCAUCCUUUGCCGGUGAAAUGGCAUAUUACUGAAAAAAUAUGCUUAUCAGCUGGUGAGCCGAUAUAACUGAUGUAAAGAUUGUCCAAGUUUUCUUCCUCUGUGGUCUAGAAAUGGAGACCUUGUCAGUACUAAAUUCUAAAGCUUUAGAUAAUUUUUUUUCUAGCAACUACUUUUAUACAUAAAACCACCUUUUUUACCUAGAAUCACCCUUAUGAAAUCGAAGAUUUUAAGUGUGUGUGUUGUGUGUAUAUACAGUCCAUGCUGUCACUUAGUUAUAAAUAUGAAUGUUAUUUAACACUUAAGUUAAUGACUUUGUGGGACAUGAUGGUAGUUCAGGAGCAUAAUUCUACAGAUCAUUGGGCGGAGAAAUAAUCUACACAUGAAAAACAACAUUAAUAUUAAUGAGAAAUCUCUCCUGUUUAAAAAAUACACAGAAUGAAGAUGCCGCUCUGGUCUGGAGCUGCCCUGUGAGGUUUGAGUUAAUACUUUAAUUCUCAAACAUUCCACUUUCUAAUAGCACUGUAAUUGGAAAAUGUGUAUAAUGUAAAUAUUUCUAUCCUUGUGUCUUUUUAGUCAGACUUUUAAAAUUUGCCUGCGCAUUAAUUUUAGGUCCAAAGAUGAAUAUUAUAUUGAUCUUUUAGAUGUGAUAUUUUUAUGGAAUGUUCUUUAAAACAUAUUGACUGAUUGGAGCCGCUGUUUUCUACAGAUCUGUAGAGAUAUUUAGAAAGGCAGAGGUUAUAUUUUUGUGAAAAAUAUAUAGUUAUAAGACAUGCUGCUUAAAAGUCAGCUUAAGUUCUCAUGUUUUAUAACAGAAUACUGACUAAAAUAGACUGAUAUGCUGAACAUAGGAAGAUAGUGGGGUUUUUUAAUCUCUGCAAGUGGUUCAUCUUGUGGCUGUUGGUCUAAUGGAUAACUAACUGGAAUUAAAAUAGCUGAACGUAGCUACUGUUUUAUAAAUGAGUAUUGUAAUUCACUAGCCAACAUAUUGUCCUGCAUUUGCUCAGUACUGCAGUGAAAGUAUGUGUAAACACUGGUAACUGACUGAGAAGUCGCAAGAAAGGGGAAUAUUUGUAAUAAUUAAAACAAAAAACUUGAAACAAGUGAACAAAAGGCAAGGUCUGUCUGUAUCCUAGUGUGUUCUGCAAAGCAGAUCGGAACAUCUC